CGAGUGCCUGCUGCAUGGGCUGCCAGUUCUGUCCAGCAGUCGCGAGUCGUGAGUUCGAAGGUCCAGAGUCCAGCCGUCGCUUCCAUUCACGACCACCGCAUACAAGCUUGACUGCCAUCGAGGGAGGACACACUAGCAUACACGAAGCCUUCGAUCACGCAAAGCGCAACUGCUGCUAGACGCCGCAACCGAUUCAUCACUCGCAAGCAACGCAUCCUUGAGGGGCACUACUAAUCCCACCAUGGCUCCCAUCGCACCCCCCGUCUUUUGGGCUCAGCGUUCUUCAGAGUCAGAGCCCGAAAAGAACCUCGUCCUCCUGACCAUCGAGGCACCAAACCUUCCGCCCAAGCCUGCGACAAAGGUGGAUCUGCAAUCUGACGGCUUCGCUUUUGAGAGCAAGGUUCAGGGCGAUAAGUCCAAGAGCAUCGAAGAGAAGGAGUACAAGUUUGAUCUCAAGCUGUUUGGCGAGAUUGUGCCAGAGGUGAGUUUUGCUGAGCGCGCGCACGACAAAGCUCGCAGCCACAUACAUCGUGAGGCAGUGCCGAAGCAGCAUUGCUUUUGAGCGCAUGAUGUGCAGCAUGUGUCGUGUGUGGGAGCGAAACGCAAGCUGACUUUUGAUCUCCUGCUCGCAACACAGGAGAGUCAAGUUGUUCAAACAGACAAGCACCUCUUUCUCAAAUUGAGAAAGAAGGAGCAUCAGCUGGAGUACUGGCCCAGAUUGUCCAAGGACAAGGUGCGCUUGCACAAUGUCAAGACCGAUUUCGAAAAGGUGAGCUGGCGUAGCUGAAUGAAUGCCAUGCUAGAAAUGCGAGGAACACGUUGCGCUCGCACGCCCAGCGCACACAUGCUCACACGAAGUGUUUCUUGCAUCGCGCUUCAGUGGGUCGACGAGGAUGAGCAGGAUGGUGGAGAGGACCUCGAUGCGCUGGGCGGAGCUGGAGGUAUGGGCGGAUUAGACCCUUCCAUGAUGGGGGGCA